AGUAAAGAACACAAGUGAAAGACAAAUUGAUCCGCGGACAUUUCACGAACAUGAGCUUCCCUCAGAGAAACAUCGAUAUUUGUGGUCUUUUGUAGUUAAAGGACAUAAUUGUUUUGGUUUAAUUUAUCAUUUGAAGAUGCGCCGAAUAAACUGUGUUUUGAUGUCAGUUCUGCUGAUGAUCACCGAUGGUUUGAUUGUAAAAGGUCCCUCUGGUCCUCUGGUUGCUCCUCUGGGAUCUUCAGUGGUUUUGCCCUGUUCUGUUGAUCAACUUUUAUCAGUGGAGGGUCUGGAGGUGGAAUGGAGAAGAACAGACUCAGACACUUUAGUUCAUCUGUUUCAAGAUGGUGAGACUCAAACAGGGGUCCAGCAGGAGGAUUAUCAGGAUAGAGCUCAUUUCACUACUGAUGAGAUUCUACGUGGAAACUUCUCCCUCCGGCUGGACAAUCUGAGAGCUGAAGAUGAGGGACAAUACACAUGUACAGUUCAGAGUCAGGAAAAGACUGGAGAAACUGUGGUUGAAAUAAAAGAUGUUGUUCGUUUGGUUGUGUCAGGAUCAAAACAGUCCAUAUCUGCGUCUGUGGGUGAAGACGUCACUCUGAGCUGCUCUGUAGACUCUCACAUCACACCUGAACACAUUGAUGUUACAUGGAAGAAAACAGAUGAAAAUAUUCAGGUUCUGCUCUUUCGAAACAAUGCGACUUUACCAGAUUCAGCGCAUGAGCGAUACAGAGACAGAGUUGAGUUCUUCACUGAUGAAAUCCCCAAAGGAAACUUCUCUCUCAGACUGAAGAGUGUCAGAACUGAGGAUAAAGGAGUUUACAUGUGUGAGGUGUCAGCAGGAGGACUUUCAGCCAAUACAACUGUAGAACUGGAGAGACUGGGUUUCUCUGUUUUACACAUAAUGGUGCUGAUUCUCAGUGUUUCUGCGUGUGGAUCUGCUCUUCUGCUCUGCUGUCUGAUCUACUGCAGAAAUCAGAACGGUACAGAUAUUCUUAUUUGCUGUUGUUCAUUUGGGACUUAAAGAUUAAGAGAAAAUAGAGGAAGAGUGCAAGCAAUGUGUGUUAAAAAUG